UAUGUUUUCCACGGCCCUGGCUGCUGGCAGAGACUGUUUGGUGUUGUUGUUGUUGUCACAUUAAAGGGGCAAAAGAAAGAAUCAGUGGAAGUUAAUAUAACCCCGAGGCUGACGCAUGAGGUUACUGGGUGAGCCCCUCCCUGCCAUGAGAGCUGACCACCAGGUCACCAGCCCCCCCUCCUUCUGCAGUUGAUGGAUCUGCAGCUGGUCCAGAGAUGACAGACAGCGUCAGGGCCUUCCUCCGCAAUGUUGCGACGGGGAUCAAGGACUCCAUAUUGGGGAUUGGAACAAUCUCCAAGCUGGAUGCCCGCAUCCAGCAGAAAAGGGAGGAGCAGCGGAGGAGAAGGGCCAGCGGGGCCCUGGCACAGAGACGGGCCCAGAGUGAGGAGCGCAAACCAGACAAUGAUCCUAAAGUAGCCAGCAGGAUUUUUCAGUGCUGUGCCUGGAAUGGAGGAGUGUUCUGGCUCAGUCUGUUUCUCUUCUACCGGGUGUUUAUCCCACUGCUGCAGACUCUCACAGCAAAAAUCAUCGGUGACCCCUCCCUCCAUGGCAGUGUGUGGUCCUGGUUAGAGUUCAUCCUGACCUCCGUCUUCAGCGCUCUCUGGGUUCUCCCUCUCUUCGUCCUCAGCAAGAUAGUCAACGCCAUCUGGUUCCAGGAUAUAGCUGACCUAGCAUUUGAAGUGUCUGGAUGUAAAGCGCAGCCGUUCCCCAGCGUCAGUAAGAUCAUCGCAGACAUGCUCUUUAACCUGCUUCUCCAGGCGCUCUUUCUCAUCCAGGGGAUGAUUGUUAGCCUCUUCCCCAUUGAUGCCAUUGGACAGAUGGUUAGCCUCCUCCACAUGUCUCUGCUCUACUCCCUCUACUGCUUUGAGUAUCGCUGGUUCAACCAUGGCAUCGAGAUGCACCAACGGCUGUCCAACAUUGAGAGGAACUGGCCCUAUUACUUUGGCUUUGGUCUGCCCAUGGCUCUGCUGACCGCCCUGCCCUCCUCAUACAUCAUCAGCGGCUGCUUGUUUUCCAUCCUCUUCCCUCUGUUCAUCAUCAGCGCUAACGAGGCCAAGACGCCAACAAAGCUGUACCACUUCCAGCUGCGUCUCUUCUCCCUGGUUGUGCUAAUCAGCAACAAGCUUUUCCACAAGACGGUCCACCUGCAGUCCUCCCUGACGUCCUCCACCUCCUCCGAGAGGCUCUCCUCCCCCCACACCUCCCCCACCCGCCACAGACCCCUACCCACCCAAUGAUGAAUCAACAUGAAGGAGACAGGGAAAAAAAGCAGUUUUACGAGUGGCUUUACUCAAAUGCGAGAGAGCAAUUUUCCUGACAGAAGAUGAAGAUGAUAAGUGGUUUUAGGACAAAAGGGGUUUUACAUGUUUUUAUCUGAUCUCUGUCCCACCAAACACAUUUAAGUGUGACACAAAAAUCGACUGCCCUGUGCCUCACACUCAAACACAUUAUAUACUCGGCUCUCGACUUGUUUUCUUUUUUCUUUCAUUGUUUUUUUUGUUGUUUUUUUUGUAUAAUGUGCCAUUUGAGUGACUCUCCUUUAAUAAAAGACAGCACAAGAAAUCAUGUAGUUUAAAUAUGUUGAACUUGUGACGAGAGGGAUUUUUUUUUGCAGAAGGAGCUUGUUUGUUUGCAUUUAGAAGCGAAGCACAGUCUUGUUUUACCUACAAUAUGUUUUCUUGAUGUUGCAAGUCACAUUCCUUCCUCACAGGUUGAAUGUUUUGUUGCACAUGGAUAUGUUUUUCUGUCAGAUAAUGGUGUCCCAGCAGUUCCACCAAUAACCUUGUAUAGUAAAAAGGGGAGGCUGAUUUUUUGUUUUUUUUACCCUGUAAGAGCUUUGUUUCAGUAGAAAACACAAAUGAGUUCUGGAGCUGCUAUAAAAAAAUAUUGGUUACCUUAAUGGAAACCAAACCAUGUCACUCUUGUUGUGUGUUAACUAAAGGUUAGCUUGGUGUCUCAC